AUGGCUAUCAACCAAUAUAGAGAUUUACCUCAGAUACAAGGAUAUUAUAUCUGGCCUGUAGAUCAUGAGUACCACUUGCCAACAUACAAACAAACCAUCAUGGGGUUGGAGCCGAUCAGUGACUACUCAGAUGAUUCGGACAAUGGCCUGGUCAAUUUACAGCCCAUGCAACGUUUUAGGCACGACCAAGGACCUUUUCAUCCUCAAACACCUGUUACUAGGACGCCCUCGUCAUCCCCCAUCGAAAAGAACUACGCACAGCAAUGGCAUUUUGUAGACAUGGCGCGUACUCUGUCUCCGGAAUGUUCUUCUACCUCAGGUUUUUCAAGCCAUGCCAGUCACUGUGAGCUUCGGUCGUCACCUAUGUAUCACCCGGAUUUGUACAGUGGUUCAAAAGAGUGCCCACAAUCACAACACUCAUAUCCUUCGACAGAGCCCUUUGAAAUUGGAUCCUACUUACUAGGAACCAGUAUAUCUCAUACUGUAGUCAAUCCUCGUGAGCUUGAGAUCGAACGCCCUGUGCUACAACCAGAAGCAGGCGGCGAAGAAGUGGAAGGGAUCCAAGACGCUACAUUCGAGCAAGAGAUGAACUACAAUCAGGAUACACUUACUUCUAAUUCUGACACUUGUUCGACAAGAACACAUUAUGCGGCAUCGGGUAUCAGGCACUCAGCGCGAGACGCAGAAUCUGUGCAGCCUGUAGACGAUCAAGAAGGGCCAGCCUCAGACUCGGAUUACAACCCUUUCAAUCGAUCUUCAAAGCGAAAGCGAUCCUCUGCCUCUACCCGCGGCCUAGGUCGAGCGACCAGACGUCGUGUACAUAAGCGCAAGGAUUCAUUUGUAUCUAGCUCCUUACAUUCAACGAAGAGAAACAGACAAACAUCAAACGCUCCAAGAUCCUCCCCUAAAACUAUCAAUUCCAUCGAGGAGCGUCGGCAUUUUCCGUGUCCCUUGGCUCCGUACGGAUGCGAAUCCGAAUUCGCAUCCAAGAAUGAAUGGAAGAGACAUGUCUCUACUCAGCAUAUCAAGACUGCUUUCUGGCGCUGUGACAUCUGUGCACCAACAUCGGACCCCAAGGAUAAGGACUCUCUUUACCACAAUGACUUCAAUCGCAUGGAUCUCUUCAGACAACAUCUCCGUCGAAUGCACGCCCGGCCUAAAGACAAACUAGCCCGUUCACACGCAGACUACCCCGUCAAUGAAGCCAACCUUGCAGACCACCAGACGCGUUGCUUCAGUAAACUACGAAAAGCACCACAACGGUCGUCUUGCAUUUUCUGUCCGAAGGACUUCAGCGGGCCUAACUCUUGGGCUGAUCGCAUGGAUCAUGUAGGAUCCCAUCUUGAGAAAGACCGUAGGGUCGGCAUGAAUAUACUUGAUAUUUCCAGCUGGCGUAAAGAUCCCGGACUCGAACAAUAUCUGCUUGACGAGGGUCUCAUCAGAAGUAAAGGUGGCGAAUGGAGCAUUGGGGACGGCAGGCCGCGAGGGCGUGCUUUCGUGGAGAGUGAAGACAACUCAGGGAAACAGUAA